AUGGCACCGACAACACUACCACUACCUCAAUCGAGGAUUCGGCAGCUUAAAGAGGAUAAUAAUCUAAAAACAAAUCCCUUGUCUCAUUAUAUAAUUCAAUAUAAAGAAGAGUUCAAAAGGAAUCCAUCUCAUAAUCUUCGUGAUCAUAAUCUUCGUGAAAAA